AAUCUAUUCGUUUUAAAAGUUCAUUGCUGUUCAUCGUGUGCAGCGCAUAUUUAUCUUUUAAUAAGUAUUUAAAACCUAAAUAAUUUGAAAGAAUGUCUAAUGAUGAUGUAUUAAAAGGACUUGAUGAAAUACAGGUGAAACUAAUGGAGGAGGAGUGUAUUUUGGUCGACCAAAAUGAUACAAAUAUUGGAUCUGCAUCCAAAAAAGUUUGUCAUCUUCUAGAAAAUAUAGAAAAGGGAAUGUUGCACAGGGCAUUUAGUGUGUUUCUUUUCAACACAAAAGGGGAACUGUUGCUACAGCAAAGGGCUGAAGCAAAAAUCACUUUUCCUGAUCAUUUCACAAAUACAUGUUGCAGCCAUCCGCUAAAUUUGCCAGCUGAGCUGGAUGAAACUGAUGCAAUAGGUGUUAAGCGGGCUGCACAACGCAAAUUACUUCAUGAACUGGGUAUUAAAGCUGAACAGGUGAUAUUGUACAAAGCUGAGAAUGUACCCAAAGAUAACAAAUGGGGAGAGCAUGAAAUUGAUUAUAUUCUCUUUAUACAAAGAGAUGUUGAUGUAGAAGUCAACCCUAAUGAGGUUAAAAGUUACAGAUAUGUUAGUCAACAGGAAUUGAAAGAUAUAGUUGAUUCCGCAGACAGUAAAGGACUGUUGUUGACACCCUGGUUUAAACUUAUUGUUCAAAGUUUUUUACAAAAGUGGUGGAACAAUCUGUCUGACAUAGAGUCACAAGCUGACAGAGAAACAAUUCAUCGCAUGGUGUAAUAAUAACUUGGAACUAAUAUAUAGUCAGUGCAAUUUUUACUGGGUAUUGAUUUUUUUUACUUUAUGUAUUGGAGGUAGAAGCAUUUUUUGUAAUACCUUAAUGAAAGUGUCUUGGAAGUUCAAUAAAAAUGUUUUUUGAUUUAAAAGGAAGAAAUAGUGAAUGAUUAAAGAAUGCUUGUAUUUCAAACUUUAAAAAAAAAUGAUAAUGAUUCUUUUUCUUUUAAGUCAAUCAGAUUUUGUAUUAAUUCUUGUAAAUCUAAGUUGUUUUUAAACAUUUCCUACAACUACAAUAUUUUAUAAUUUUUUAAAAUGGCGUUACUGACCAAUGCCUUUUAAACUGCUUUAUUUGAAAAAAUAUAUUUAUAGUAUUAAAAAUAAAUUUUGCAUUUAAACAGUGCUGAAAGAAAAAA